AUGGCCCCCUUACAACCUCUCCUACAUGUUGCCAUCUCCUUCCUCCUCCUCUCUUCAACAGCCGCUAAAAAGGCCACCGAGAUUUCCUCCGACACUCGGAGGACAUACACUGGACCCCUGACGACCACUUUCACGCCGCCGUCAUCAUGCAUGGACAUUCGCACCUCCGCGUCCUCGGGAAGGUAUCCCUCUCUCGAGGUCGGCUGCCAAGGUCCUGCUGGCGAUGAGUGCUGUCCCAAAGGUUGGGCCUCGAACCGCUACUUUAGCCCGGGUGUUUGCCCGUCUGGAUAUCAGGCCUGCACACUCCCGACUACGAGGCAGCGAGAGGAGACGACGAAUCUCAACUUUGACUGUCCAACCGUCGUCGACUACGCAGAAUGCAGUUCCCUCUUAAACACCCCCGUCGAAACCGAAUACGCCUACAAAACCGAAACCUUCUCCGCGACAAUUCGCUCCGUCAUCGCAACCCCGAUUCAAAUCCGCUUCAAGGCGACCGACUCCUCCGUCGUCCCCAUCCCCACCGACUCCUUCAACCUGCCGCCCGUCCGAAAAGGCCUUAGCACCGGUGCGAAAGUCGGCAUCGGAGUCGGCGUCGGCGUGGGUGCGGUUGCCAUCUUGAUCGCGGUUGUCUGGUUCAUUCGCGUCAAGGGGAAGCAAGGGCAAGCGAGUGAGGGUGGGCAGGAGACGCCGCAGCAGGAGGCUAUGUUGUUGGGGAGCUUGCCACCGCAGCAGGGAGAGGAGAGACCGCCGCCUUAUUCGAAGGGGUAG